UUCGGACUCCUACACGUCAAGAACUUCACCAAAGGUGGUCCCUAUGAGGUGUAUACGGGACAGGGAGGCACCAAGUUUCUCAAGUUUGUCACUUAUAAAGAUAAAAGGACACUGGACUUUUACAAAGACCCGAAAUGCAAUCUACUGAAUGGGACGGACGGCACAAGUAUGGGCUCAUUCCUCACCAAAGACGAUGUCCUCUACGUAUUCAAUGGGGACGCCUGCAGAUCCAUUUACGCCAGAUAUAAGGGCCCGUCGAGUGUGAAGGGUAUACCCGCCUGGCGUUUCGUACUGCCGGCCGAUCUGUUCGCCUCACCCAAGAAAAACCCGGCCAACCGGUGCUUCUGUACGACCCCUAAGGACCCGGAUAUGUGCGAUGGUAUCUUCGACGUGGGCCCGUGUCAGUCGGGCGCACCCCUCGCCUACUCCUUCCCCCAUCUCAUGCACGCCGGGCCUAAGGUCAGGGCCAACGUGGAGGGCAUGCGUCCCGACCCCGACAAACACGAGACCUUUUUCGAUGUCGAA